CCAACAUUUCUCAGCAAUUGACAUUGGAAGUGUAAAAUGACUGGCAACUGACAUUUGCCUGCUUCUUUCAAGAACUCAGCUCUGGUCCUCCAAUAUUUAAUGCCAUAGUUUCUACAAAAAUCCCAGUUAUCUUUGCUUUGCUGUCUCUCUGUCCUAAUAAUUUCUUCACCUAACCAACUUUAAUUCAAGAAAACCAAAAUCAAAUAUAACAACAAGAAUUACAAAUAUUGAAACAGUGUCCUUUGUUAUUCAUGUCAAGCAGAAAUGACAAGCAAAGUUCUUUUCCCUAUUCUACUUCCAAUUCUGCUUCUUUCUCUGCCAUAUUUUGUGGUAGCAAAAUCUGUGUUUGAACCAUGUAAUGCAUCUGAUUCAUGCUCCUCUUAUCUCUUGUAUCGCCUUCCAUUGGACUCCAAGAUUUCUGAAAUAGCAUUCAGGUUUAAAGUCAAUGUCUCUGAUCUUUUAGCAGCCAAUUCUAUUGAUUCAAAUCAAGUAAACCAAAUCCUACCUGAAAAAUCAUUUGCGAAAAUACCCAUUUUUUGUUCAUGUGUUGAUGGCAUACGACGAUCUUCGUCUACUCAUUACACGAUUGGAGCAGUUGAUACUUUGAUGUCAAUAUCAGAAUUGUAUGGAGGACUUGUUAGUGCAGAACAGAUUGGUAUUGCUAAUGGGAUUGAUGUAGAACAUCCUUUAGCCAGUGGACAGAGUCUUGUUAUUCCUUUGCCGUGUACAUGUUUCAAUAAUAGCAAUAAUGGUGUAGCCAGUGUGUACAUGUCAUAUGUGGUGCAGAGUAGAGAUGACUUAACAAAAAUUGCAGCUGAGUAUGGUGUCACAGUUGGGAAUUUGGAGAUCAUAAAUGGACUUGGUCAACCUCAAAUUGAUCCUGGAGAUAUUCUGGCUAUUCCUCUUGCUGCAUGUACAUCAGCAAAUCUGAAUUGGUACAACGAAAGCCUAAUAAUUCCAAAUGGUUCUUAUGCUUUAACUGCUAACAACUGCAUCAAAUGUGGCUGCAGGUCUACUGAUCUCAGCAUGGAGUGUUCAGCUUCAGGAAUUGUGGAUAAAUGUUCACAUUUACAGUGCAAAGACUCCAAUCUCUUUAUUGGAGAAAGGCAUGAAAAGCACACAGCAUUUGGUAAUUGCAAUGUUACAGCCUGCAUUUAUCGUGGACAUCUUGGAGGCAAAACUUUUAGAAGUUUGGUGAAUUCAAGUGAUGUCAAGUGUUUAGGAGCUCUUCAGUGGGAGGCUGAAGGCGAUGGGUAGAGAACACGAUAGCCUAUAUGUGUUGAAGUCGAGGUCUAGGAAUGCUUCUCUUACUCACAUCAAAUCUACGGCGGUACAAACCAUUACAGAUUCAGAGAUUUGGCAUAAACGAUUAGGCCAUGUUCCUAUGGCUGUAGUAAGGAAAAUUUCCUUUUUUCAGAAUAAGUCUAGCUUUACUUUGAACAAUUGUGAUAUGUGUCCACUAGCUAGACAAACUAGGAUUGUUUUUCCAACACAUGCUAGCAGGUCUACUGAACCAUUUUAAUUGCUACAUUUGGAUGUCUGGGGUUCUUAUAACAUUGCUACUUAUGAUGACAUGCAGUAUUUUCUUACUGUUAU